GCUUCACCCUCUCACACACAAUCACAGAGCUCAGCCAAGACACACAACAUCAUCUUCUCCAGCACACACUCAGACGGAGAUGCAGAACGCACAUCAUAGUCUGACCAAACAGAGACAGCAGCAGGCCAUGAUCCUGAGCAGAGAGGCAAAGGGAGGUCUUAACCUGGGGAAGAAGAUCAGCGUUCCCAGGGAUGUGAUGAUGGAGGAGUUGAAGCUGAACAGCAACAGAGGAUCCAUCAUGUUCCAGGAGCGUCAGAGGAGAGUGGAGAGAUUCACGCUGGAGAACUCAGGAGACGCUCACACCGCCGGCAUAUACAACGACAUGGAUCAGAAUCAAAUCCAGAACCAGAACCACAUGAUGACAGACAUGCAGGGCGGGAAAGAAAACCUGCUGUAUCCAGUGGCUGGAAAACACAGUCUCGUCACAAGCCUGAAGAACACGGUGGCCAAGAAAGGAAGCCCAAACGUCCUCGCACCAGGCUACUCCGGACCGCUAAGAGAGAUCCCUCGGGAGAAAUUCAACGCCACGGUGAUCCCGAAGUCUUAUUGUUCACCGUGGCAAGAAGCCCUAGGAGAAAGUGAAGAGCUUCUCUCUUCGCUCAACACUCAGCUACCUCCUCAACCGCCACAGAAACUCCCGCCAGCGAAUUACCGGUGCUUUAACAGAGCCGCGGUGCCGUUUGGAGGUCCUGUGCGCAGUCAGAGGGUGAUUCCUGUUAUUGGGUUUGAAACUCUGGAGACUCAAAAUCUUCCUGGCAUGACCUUGGCCACCAUGUCCAAACGACGCAACUUCAACAGAGCCCCGCGGGGAUGGGGCGUGGGAUACUCGCCCGAGUCCAACGACCUGUGAGCUCCACGCUGACCCACAGCGGUAACAUUAGAGGAGGAGACUGUCGCGCCGUAAAGACCUGCGCUUUGCACUUUCAGACCGCCCCAUUAAGUUCCCUGCAGGUGAACUUUUGAAAACCACAAAUUUAACAUCAUGAUAAAAAUGAUCCGGAUGAGGAGAUGUUUUAGCUCAGUGCUGGAUGAGGGAAGUCAUGGCUGCUCUCCUAGAACAACACAAAUCCAUUUAUACAUUAAGAAAUGAGUCAAUAAUUCAGAACUUUGAAAUACUGGCUUUUCAUGCAAAUACUGUGUGCAUUCACACUUAAAAUGGCCCUAAAAUGUAUUUGGACACUUUCGGCACAUGGAAAAUGUGCAUUUAUCAUUGCAUCAGAGGAUUAAAUAAAUAAAUGUUUUUGCUUGUAAAAUGUGUUUGUUGCAUUAAAUAAAAAAAUAUCAUUUAUCUAAAGAAAGAUGCACAGUGUCUGAAUACUUUUUAUGGGCCGCUGUGUUUCUUAAAAAACGGAGAAGACGGUGCAUUUAAUGACAGCUUGUUUAAUGUUCACAAAAGAAAAUGGUAACCGUAGGUUCUUUCAAUAAGGUUCUUGUUGUUUUUAAAUUUUAAAAAAUGUUGUUUUUUUUCUUUUUGUUACAACAAAAGGAAACCACUGAACAAAAAAUGUUUCGUUGCAAAAUAAGAAACUGAUAAUUAUCAGAAAAACAACAAAAAUAUUUUUUCUUUGAUGCAAGACAGCAGCUACACAUAUAUCUCAUGUUAAAGAUGUGUUUGAGUAUAGUUGCAUCCUAGACACAAUUUUUAUGCUUGUUAAAUCUCUAGAUGCAAGACUGAAAUGUGUGUGUGGGUUUGUGAAUCUCACAAUCACCCUCAAAAAAAAAAAAAAAAAACACAUUUUGCAAAAAAAAAAAAAAAAAAAACGAAGCCUACUUUAGGACCAUAAAGAUUUUUUUUGCAUGAAAAAGCACUAACUAAACAUUAAUUAUCAACCCAAAUUCACAGUUACCUACUGUAAUGCAAGAACUAAUAACUCUAAUGUGGAAAAAAACGAUUUUUUUUUUUGCACAGCACUAAUUACAAUUUGGGGUGAAAUGAGUUAUAUUUUCAUGAAAAUGUCUAAAUGCAAAUGCAUAUUGGUAAACAGUGCUUGGUUUUCAAUGUAAACUCACUGUGAGUCGU